AUGAACGGUGGCGAUGAGGUCGCAGCAGCAACUCCGGCGGGCCCACCACCGCCUCUGGAGUGGAAAUUCUCUCAGGUGUUCGGCGAGCGCACUGCCGGCGAGGAAUUACAAGAAGUUGACAUUAUUUCAGCCAUUGAAUUUGAUAAAACUGGAGAUCAUCUUGCAACUGGGGACCGCGGAGGACGGGUGGUCCUUUUUGAGAGGACAGAUACGAAGGAUCAUGGUGGAUCAAGGAGAGAUUUGGAAAGGAUGGAUUAUCCAAUUACCAGGCAUCCUGAGUUCCGUUACAAAACAGAAUUUCAGAGCCAUGAACCUGAGUUCGACUAUCUCAAGAGUUUGGAAAUAGAGGAGAAAAUCAACAAAAUUAGAUGGUGCCAAACAGCCAACGGUGCCCUUUUUCUUCUAUCUACAAAUGAUAAAACAAUCAAGUUUUGGAAGGUCCAAGAAAAGAAGGUUAAGAAAAUCUCUGAGAUGAAUGUGGAUCCUUCAAAAGCUGUAGGAAAUGGUAGUGUUGCUAGUUCAAGUAAUUCAAGUGCACCUAAGCCAUAUCUUGCAAAUGGAGGUUGCACUGACAGGUUGCACAACUCUCCUGGCAAUGAUUUUUCCAUCCCAGCUGGAGGCUUCCCAUCGCUGCGUUUGCCGGUGGUAGUUACGAGCGCUGAGACGAGUCUGGUGGCAAGAUGUCGUAGGGUUUAUGCUCACGCUCAUGAUUAUCACAUUAAUUCCAUUUCAAACAAUAGUGAUGGUGAGACUUUUAUAUCAGCUGACGAUCUGCGAAUAAAUCUUUGGAACUUGGAAAUUAGCAACCAAAGUUUCAAUAUUGUUGAUGUCAAACCUGGAAAUAUGGAGGAUCUAACUGAGGUGAUAACUUCGGCAGAAUUCCACCCCAAUCAAUGUAAUAUGUUAGCAUAUAGCAGUUCGAAAGGCUCAAUCAGACUAAUUGAUUUGCGGCAAUCAGCUCUCUGUGACUCUCAUGCUAAAUUGUUUGAGGAACAGGAGGCGCCUGGCUCUAGGUCAUUUUUCACAGAGAUAAUCGCUUCUAUCUCUGAUAUUAAAUUUGCAAAAGAUGGACGAUAUUUGCUUAGCCGUGAUUACAUGACGCUAAAGUUGUGGGAUAUCAAUAUGGAUUCAGGCCCAGUUUCAACCUUCCAGGUCCAUGAAUAUUUAAGACCCAAGCUGUGUGAUUUGUAUGAAAAUGAUUCCAUCUUCGACAAAUUCGAGUGUUGUUUGAGUGGAGAUGGGUCUCGCGUAGCUACUGGUUCUUAUAGCAAUCUGUUCCGUGUUUUUGGUUGCUCCCCUGGAAGUACUGAGGCAACGACUUUGGAAGCCAGCAAAAAUCCAAUGAGGAGACAAGUUCAGACCCCUUCAAGGCCCUCAAGAUCCCUAACCACUUUAACACGUGUCGUAAGACGAGGAGCGGAAAGCCCGGGUGUCGAUGCAAAUGGGAAUUCGUUCGACUCUGCAACAAAAUUGCUGCACCUUGCAUGGCAUCCUACGGAGAACUCAAUCGCCUGUGCAGCAGCAAACAGCUUGUACAUGUACUAUGCGUAA